AUGGCCAUGAUCGGUCUCCCUAUUCAGUCAGGCGUCUAUCCUGGGCCUGUCAGAACUGGUCCAAUGUUCCGCAGAUUGAAGCUGGGAUCGCUACUUGAAAAACUCGCCACUGACGGUGGCACCGAGUCCGCCCGUGUGACGCUGGGCUACAAGGACAGAAACAGCAAGAAGAAUGUCCUCGUUGACAUCUCCGACCCGGGCGUGCUCGUAAGGAGCAAUGGCCGCGACUUCCCUAGAGUCACCAGCCUCCUGGAUGACCUCCGUUAG